UUCCAAGACAGGCGGGAAUAUUCCGAGCAGACUGCAACGGGAAGUACGCGAGGACAUCUUGGCCCAGGGCCCGACAUCCACUGAUUAUGCGACUGCUGUUCUGCAUUCUCUGUUUCAUCCUCAUUACCGCGGGCGAGCUUGUGGUCGCGACCAGACUCACCAGAUCUCUGUCAUUUCGGAAAGGUAGCUCCUUUUUCUACAGGGUGAAUUACAAGAUCACGGCGUUGUCUUACUCGACCAUAUUCGCUCAUGCGGCUGGUUUUAAGCUAGUAUGGCAACUUCCAAGUGAGUCCGCCGACACCAGAAUCGGCAGGUCCAUCUCCGACGUUCACCAGGCCGCGAAGCUCGUCUACGAGAGCCAUGGAUUUGAUGGGAGAUCGUGUCUCUUGAAGAAUAUCUGUCAAGCGAUGGAAUACGUAAGCCAGAGGGAUGGUGUGAUCGCAAAGAUAUUAAAAUUGCUGAUCGGAUCAUAUACGACAAAUAGCUCGUCGAUGGAGCCUCUUUACUGUGACAUCCACGUCAGAAGUUGCCCCCUCGAGUUGAUCGGAAUUGACGGUUUUAUGGAGCAAUAAAUCUACCUGUUUUCGAAAAUCGCAGAUAAAGCUGAACUUAUGAAACUGUAGGAAAGACAUUAAA